AUGGGAUGGGCGGCUGUCUCAGUUCCCCAGAACCGGGGUCCUCUCCAACCACACAGACUUUUCCGUCAUGGACGCCGAGACCAAGCCAAGCAGAGCGGAGGCACGCAGCCGGGGAAGCACGUUAUCCAAACCCAAAAGGAAAACAGCUGUUUGAUCUGUUGGAUGAGCAUAGCAGCGGGGCUAAAGACAGACGAUGCACACACUUGGGCCGAGAUACCAAAGACGAAACUAAUAGGCGGCACCACAGCAGCAUUGUCUGUCCUCUUACAGUACAUUCAGAGCCCAGUCAAGUUUUGCUUUGGAGCCCCGCGUCUACACAACAUUUACCGAUAA